UUCCAGCAGCAAUUAUCAGAAUGAUCGCACCAACUAGGCGGAUCAUGUCGUUACGAAAAUUAAUUGCAGGGCGAAGCAAUCUGCGGCAUUGCGAAACAUUCGCCAGGAAGUAUGCGACUGUGACAAACCCUCCACCCCUUUUGAAAAGAAGUCCCAGUGAGAUCGCGCGGAGGGCUGGUGCCUUGCAGCUAGUAUUGACCCGAUGGGGAAUAGAAGCAGCUUAUCUUGCAGCAAAUGCUAAGGACGAGACUGGAAGGAUCCGACAGAGCUUUGACGCUCUGACUAAAGCCGUGGACGAGAGUAAAAUUGCAAGGUCUUUCACAGAAACAGAGCAAAAGUUGAUGGACAAGCAAUUCGGGUCCUGGGAUGCAGUCCAAGAUAUUUCAAGCUAUUGGGCUCGGUGGGAAUCUUUCGGAAUUCUUUUGUGGACACUCCGCAUAGUAGAUGGGAUCCCACGCUAUCAUGUUACCUUUCCGCACGAAUUACUCUUUCAGGCGACAGCCAUUGUCCCAGCUUUUCCGGCAACUGUGAAGGACUUCAUUGAGUAUUUCAGCGCGGGCGAGGGCCAAAAGCCUGGUCAUAUUGUUAGCGAGAAUGAACUAAGGGAGGCAAUCAAUCGUGCGGAGGCCUGGUACUGGCGAGCUCGGGCCCAGAUUGUUUUGGACUUGAAAGAGAGCUUGAACGGUGAUACUGAAGAAAUUAAGGAGGCAAAAAGGAAAAUCCCUCACGGGCUUCGACAGAUCCUACAAAACAUCGACGAUGCUGUCGGUGCAGCUAGUGCUCGGGCGACAGCUGAUGGACUCAUUGACGAAAGUGUAGCAGAUGAUUUCGGGGUGGAUGGGACAGCAUAUCGUAGCUUGAAAAGCGAUCAAUUGCGUGACGUAAAUGACAUUGCUGAAUUCAGGUUAGGAGCAUUGUCAUGGCUGACAGGGAACGAUUGGGAGUUUGAACGGGGAGAGCUGAAGUUCAUUCAUCCGCUUGGCUCCUUGUGGGCCCCUCAUGAGGGAUAAUUAGGCAUUAGAAACCGUUGCACGCAUGUAUCCACUUUAUAUAUUGAAUUAUUUAUGCGAAUGCCAUAGCUGCCAA